UUCAUAAUAUUUUGUGGUUAAAGAUCUAGAACAACCAGGAAAUGUUCGUUGAUUGAAAUGUAAAACGAAAUCUUAACUGGCAAGUCCUAAGCAAUUAAAGAAGGGACGGUGUAGCAGUUGAAAUAAAUAUAUAAACCAAGUCAUCCUCACAUUAGUAAAGAAAAUAUUUUCAUAUUUAAAAAGUAUUAAAAAAAAAAACUAAGCAAAUUAAGUUGGUUUGAAUAAUGGCCUGGACAUACCCCAUCAUUUUAGGUCUAUAAUUUACAUGAAAUUCUGGUGUAAUUUCUUAUACAUUUCUUGCUUCCACCUUGCUAUAUAUAUACAUAUUACCUCCUAGCUCGAUCUAGAUAAAAUCAUUUCAUACAUUAAUACGUACGCUUGAUCAAACUAGUAUUUACGCUCUUUCAUCACGACAUCACAUAUACUUAAUACUUCUCCGUUGGAAAUGACUCGAGCCCUAGGCGGAAGCAACCUAAUCCCUCGGGUCAUAAACACCAACAUCCUAGUCUGUACCAUUAUUGGUACUGACUGUGAUAUGGGCUCCAUGGGACACCGACCAAAUUAUUUCCAACAUGGUACCGGAACUAAUGGUGUGAGCUAUAUAUACGACCUAGAGCUCCACGAGGCAGCAAGUUGUGGAAACGUCAAAAGAGCCCGAGAGGCGGUUGCUAGGAACAAGGGGCUGUUAUCCCACAAGGAUUCUCAGGGUAACAUACCCUUGCACCGUGCCAUGGAGAAUGGCCACAAGGAGACGGCGCUCUUCUUGGUUCAGGUACACCCACUAGGGUCCUAUGCCUUGAACAACUCUAACAUCUCUCCUCUUUAUCUUGCUGCUUAUCGCAAGGACUUGGAAUUGGUUAAAGCCAUGUUUUGUGAGCUGAAUAAAGAUGAUAAAGUUCUUGACAAUUUAAAGAAAGGAAAGUCAGUUGUUGAUGUUGCCAUUACAUACAAGAAUCAAGAUUUGUUGCAACUCAUACUCAAAUCUCAGCGGGAGCUAAUCAAAUGUCCCAAUGAAGACGGAUUAACCCCUCUUUCGUAUGCAGCGUUCAAUGGUAAUCUUGACAUAGUUCGCUACCUUCUCAAAAAAUUUCCAAAUUCUAUAAGUUACCGCAACAACGAUAACUCCAACCCCUUUCACAAGGCAGGCCUAGGAGGCUAUGUCGAGGUCUUAAAGGAGCUCUAUUCCAAUUCCAAAACUCGUGAAUUUUUGCUAGCCGGUGAUCAUCAUGGGCGAACUGUACUGCACCUCGCUGCUAAAGAACGCGGCAACAAGUUGAGGCACGUUGUCUCCUACUUGUUGAGCCUAAAGGAGGGUAAGGACCUUAUCAAGAAGAAAGAUGAAAAUCAACUUACACCUUUGGAAUUGGCCAAAAAGAACUCAAAUCAUGAAGUGGAAGAACUUAUUAAGGAAAUCAAGCUUCAAUAGAAUAUGUUUCUUCAAUUCUGAACCUAUAUCUUAAUUUAAUUUCUAGAUUCUACACAUACGUAUACAGAAAAAUAUGUACCAAAUAUAAGUAUUAUACUACAGUACAACUUUCUUUAUCUUUUAUAUAUAUAUAUAUAUAUGUGUGUGGACUUAGUCUAGGUUUCAGUUUACAUUAUUGUAACAUUUUAUUUUGCUAGCUAGUUUGUCCUUAUUAAUUAUAUACUCUUUAUGUAUAGCAUAUACUUAUGUACUGUAUAAUACUACGGAGUAAUAUACUAUUGCAUUUGUUUACAAGCAAAUUAUCUAGUCCGAAUCCGCCCCUUGCCCGAUCUGAUCCGAAGAAAAAAAUCCGAACCGAAUCCGAGAAAUAAUAAUCCGAAUCCGACUUUGUUUAAA